AUGGUGAAAAUCACAGGCUUCAUCACGCGGGACGUGAGGUUUCCGACCUCCCUCGAUAAAACCGGAUCCGAUGCCAUGAACGCGGCCGGCGACUACUCUUCAGCGUACUGCAUCCUCUACACAGACUCUCCCUACUCCGGACAUGGAAUGACAUUCACCAUCGGCCGCGGCAACGAAAUUGUCUGCUCCGCCAUCGAACUCCUCGCCCCUCUCAUCGUCGGCAAGGACCUCGAGGAACUAACAUCAAACUGGGGCAAGACAUGGCGCUACCUCGUCUCCGACAGCCAACUGCGCUGGAUCGGCCCCGAGAAGGGCGUCAUCCACCUCGCUCUCGGAGCCGUCGUCAACGCCCUCUGGGAUCUUUGGGCCAAGGUCCUCGAUAAGCCUGUCUGGCGCAUCGUCGCGGACAUGACCCCCGAGGAGUAUGUCAGCUGCAUUGAUUUCCGCUACAUCACUGAUGCCAUUACCCCGGAGGAGGCGAUUGCGCUCCUCAAGGAGGUCGAGGGCGGCAAGGCGGAUCGCAUUCGGGAUGCGGAGCAGAGCCGUGCUGUGCCGGCGUACACAACUAGUGCCGGAUGGUUGGGGUACAGUGAGGAGAAGUUGAAGGCCCUCCUGAAGCAGAGUGUCGAGCAGGGCUAUAAGCAUUUCAAGUUGAAAGUUGGCGCGAAUCUUGAGGAUGAUAAGCGGCGCUUGGCUAUUGCCCGUGAUGCAAUUGGCUAUGACAAGGGCAAUAUCCUGAUGGUUGAUGCGAACCAGGUCUGGUCCGUCCCCGAGGCUAUCGAAUGGAUGCAGCACCUCGCCGAAUACAAGCCCUGGUUCAUCGAAGAGCCCACCUCCCCCGACGACAUCCUCGGCCACGCGGCCAUCAAGAAGGCCCUCGAAUCCACCCCAUACGGCCCCAUCGGCGUCGCCACGGGCGAGAUGUGCCAGAACCGCGUCAUCUUCAAGCAGCUCCUGCAGGCAGGCGCCCUCACAGUUCUGCAGGCGGACGCCUGCCGCGUCGGUGGUGUCAACGAGGUCAUGGCCAUUCUCUUACUUGCGCGCAAGUUCGGCGUCCCCAUUGUGCCGCACUCUGGUGGUGUCGGCCUACCCGAGUACACGCAGCACCUGAGCACUAUUGAUUAUGUUGUUGUUAGUGGGAAGAGAAGUGUGUUGGAAUACGUUGACCAUCUGCAUGAGCACUUCUUGCACCCGUCUAGUGUCAAGGAUGGGUACUAUGUUACGCCUAUGGAGGCGGGGUACAGUGUGGAGAUGAAGCCCGAGAGUAUGGACAAGUUUUCGUUCCCCGGUGAGGAGGGCAAGAGUUGGUGGAAGUCGGAGGAGGCCAAGGUUAUCUUGGAGGGGCCUCGGAUAUAA